CCGGCAUGCCCCGCGAGGCAAAAUGGCUGCCUUCAUGAGCUUCUUUAGGCAUGCAGGGAGGGCUACUCCGGAGUAGCUUGUAGCGCCAGGCAGCUGAGAACGGGUUGUGAUGCCUCAGGCUGCUGCUGGUUACCUCCGAAAACAUGGAUGUGCCUGUGGAGACCUGGAAUGGCCUUGGUGCUCCACUAAUGUCCUUGUGGCUUAACCGAUUUUAUAUUUAUUCCUGUGCUGCUUUUGGAUUCAGCCUUUGGCUCUGCAUCCAGUUCAUCACAAAAGCCAAAAAACAGAAUGCAAAACACCUUCAAACAUUUUCCAAAGUCACUGAAGAUGAUCUUGCAAAAGGCCAAACUGAGAAUCUCCACAUAACUGGGGUGAAAAUUUUUUAUGGCUCUCAGACUGGAACAGCACAGCGGUUUGCAUCCAUUCUCGCUGAAGCGGUGGGCAGUGUUGAUUUGCCAGCAGAAGUCAUUGACCUGAAAGACUAUGAUCCAGAUGACUCUCUAGCAGAAGAGGCAACCAGCAAGAAUGUCUGUGUGUUCCUAGCAGCCACGUACAUGGAUGGGAAGCCAACGGAUAAUGCCGUGUGGUUCUGCAAGUGGCUGGAAGAGACGGCAAAUGACUUCAGAGUUGGCAAGAAGUAUCUGAAGGGUUUGCAGUAUGCUGUCUUUGGACUGGGCAAUUCCUUGUAUGUGGACCACUACAACACUGUGGGCCGGAGCAUCGACAGGUGGCUUUGGAUGUUGGGCGCCAUCCGCAUCCUGUCCUGCACCAAAGGAGAUAGCAAUGUUGCCAAGAGCAAGCAUGGCAGCAUCGAGGCCGACUUCGAGGCUUGGAAGGGCAAGUUCCUCGCCCGGCUCAAGGCCCUUUGCAAAGGGGAGAAGAAACCUUGCAGUGGAAGGUGCAAGAAAGGCAAAUGUCAAUCCAAAAGGAAGGGGAGCCCUGAAGCAUCAGACCAAGAGCGAAGGGCCUUGAAGCAAGAAGAGAAGGAAGAAGAAUUAUUUGAAACAACAAGUGAGGAGGAGUCUGGCAGUGAAGAAGGAGGUGUUGCAAACCCGGUUGUUGAUGUGGAGGAUCUGGGGAAGAUGGUGGGCCAUAUUAAGAAAGCUCAGAGAGAGCGCGAACUUGACAAAGAGGCUUCCCAAAGAAGUGGGUCACAGCAGCCCCACGAGGAGGAUGAGCGGAGGGAGAUGAUCACACCGGCUCUUCGCGAUGCACUCACGAAACAAGGUUACAGGCUGAUCGGGAGCCACUCUGGUGUGAAGCUUUGCAGGUGGACCAAGUCGAUGCUCCGAGGAAGAGGAGGCUGCUACAAGCACACCUUUUAUGGCAUCGAGAGCCACCGCUGCAUGGAGACCACGCCCAGCUUGGCCUGCGCCAACAAAUGCGUCUUCUGCUGGAGGCACCACACCAAUCCUGUGGGCACAGAGUGGCGGUGGAAGAUGGACCAGCCUGACAUGAUCUUGCAGGAGGCUAUUGAGAACCACCGGAACUUGAUCAAACAAUUUAAAGGUGUUCCAGGGGUGAAGAGCGACCGUUUGGAAGAAGGAAUGCUUCCCAAACACUGUGCAUUGUCUCUGGUCGGGGAACCUAUCAUGUACCCUGAAAUUAAUCGGUUCUUAAGGCUGCUGCACAGUUGCAACAUCUCAAGCUUUCUUGUCACGAAUGCACAGUUCCCAGUGGAGAUAAGGCAUCUCGAGCCUGUGACUCAGCUGUAUGUCAGCGUGGACGCCAGCACCAAAGAGAGUCUAAAGAAGAUUGAUCGGCCUCUCUUCAAAGAUUUCUGGCAGAGGUUUCUGGACAGCUUAACGGCAUUGGCUGAGAAGCAACAACGGACUGUCUAUAGGUUAACGCUGGUGAAAUCCUGGAAUGUGGAGGAGCUCCAGGCCUAUUCAGAGCUGGUGUCUCUCGGCAAGCCAGAUUUCAUCGAGGUGAAGGGAGUGACUUAUUGCGGAGAGAGUUCGGCCAGCAACCUCACCAUGGCCAACGUCCCGUGGCACGAGGAGGUGGUGCGCUUCGUCCAGGAGCUGACCAGCCUUCUCCAGGACUAUGAAAUCGCCUGUGAGCACGAGCACUCCAAUUGCCUCCUGAUAGCCCACAAGAAGUUCAAGAUUGACGGGAAGUGGCACACCUGGAUUGACUACGAUCGCUUCCAAGACCUGGUCCACGAACAUGAGCAGAGUGGGGGGGCCACGACAUUCACCUCGGCCGACUACAGGGCUGAGACUCCCUCCUGGGCAGUGUUUGGGGCCAGAGAACAGGGCUUUGACCCUCAAGAUACGAGAUUUCAACGAAAGAACAAGACAAAGGACAUCUCAGGGUGCUGACCUCCUCAGAAAUUAGCCCCUUGGAACUGAUCUCGAUAGAUUCAGCAGAGUGCUUCGCUUCUGACACCAGCAUCCAAACUCUUUCUAUUGAACUUACUGGAGGCCUUGAAAGCCACAGGGGAAAUGAAUGUGGUUUUAUUUCUCUUUCUUUACAAACUCUGGAUUUUUUGGGUAACUUAUUUUUUUAAUCUUCUCAAAUGAGAGUGAUCCAGAUUUUGCCAUUUUUGGGGAAAGGCAGCUCUCCCAAAUCUUUAUGGUUCUGGUUGACUGGAGCAACUGCUGUUUCUUAUUCGGUUUCCUAGACUGUUGCAGUUGAGGGUUUUUUUCAAUAUGGGCUGGUUUUGAUGAUGUAACCAGUCACCAGGUUUUUUGGGUGUGAGUAUGUGAGAUUCACACAUGCAUCCCGGGGUGGUUUUAUUCUUUUUAUUUUUGGGGAAAAGGAGUGAUUGCUACCCCUUAACUUUUCCUAGUUGCAACUUCCUAAGAUGGCUGGCCCCACCUGGCUGCAUUUUUAAGAAGUUCGGAAGAAGAUGCUGUUGCUGCAGAAUAUAGUAGAAAUUCCCACACCUCUCUUGAACCUGUGUGCUUAGUUCCUCUGGAUGGAGAGUAGUAUUAAUUGCACCUGGUUUAGCAUAACUAUUACACUGCCAGCAGAACUUGAGAAUUUGUGGCAGAUUUCAGUUUCUGGCACAGCAUACUCUGAGGAACAAACUCCAGAUGACCUCUGGAGUCCCCUUCCUUUUUAAAAAACUGAUUUGACUCCUGGAACAUAGACUUCUAAAGGCCUGUUACACUAGUAUACAGGCUGGGGGCCUUUUAUUCACCCUCGGAAUUCUGGGAAUUGUAGUUUGAAUGUGUGGCUUUGUGAAAAUCCUUUAACCUUUUCAUGGCACCGAGCAGUGUAGGGCUUCACAUAACGGGCUGUACUAUUUUGGUUUGGUUUGUGUGCCGAAAGCAUCCUAGUGAAAAAAUCUGGGAUCCCCUACCUGGGACAGUAGAACAUUUACUCAUGUUCCUGAAUGCUUCCAGCAUUUAGCAUCAUGUUACAUGUCCUUUGAAAAUGGAAGCUUUUUUUCCCCAUUCAUUGGCCCCAAAUCGUCCAUACAAUUUUCACAAAGAGAUGCCCGAUAUAUUUAGAGCCACAUAUAACUAGAGUGGAACAGUGCCAUUUUUCUGUUCACAUCCCGGGUUGCUGUUUUACCACAGCUGUGGUCCCCAUGAGGAUGACAGAUUCACAGGCCACAGAUAUUUUGCAAAUGUUUCCUGCAUCUGUUCACCAAUUCCUUUUCAGGUGAUCAGGUAUUGCAAAAAUAGGGAAAAUACCUUUGCCUGCACACUUUGCUUCUUCUCUGCCCCCUCUGCACAUGUGUCUAGCUAAGAUUGGAGCCUGUUAAAAUCUGUAUUUUUUAAAUAAAAUUUCUCCAGGAUCCAA